AUGUGGUCGUCCAACCUUCUCUUCUCGGUCGCCUUUUUGCGCAUAUUGGGGACUUUCCAUGUCGCCCUUGCGGCUCCAAUUCAUGACAGUGUGGAUGAGAUUGACAACAUUCACUUCGAUUUCAUCAUCGUCGGUGGUGGAACUGCAGGCAAUGUGGUCGCCAAUAGGUUGACCGAGAACCCCAAGUUCUCUGUUUUGGUUAUCGAAGCGGGCCCGUCGCACGAGGGCAUAAUAAACUCAGAAGUCCCUUUCUUCGCUAUCAACAACUGGUUCACUCAAUACGACUGGAAUUACACUACUGUUCCACAGCCCGGUUUGGGUGGGAAGUCGGCGAUUAUUCCUCGUGGUCAUGUUCUUGGAGGAAGCAGUUCCAUCAAUUUUCUGAUGUAUACCCGGUCGACCAGAGAAGACUAUGAUCGAAUCGCAAAAAUCACGGGAGACCAAGGGUGGUCGUGGAAUAGUCUUUUCCCGUACUUCAAGAAGAAUGAGAAAUUCGUCCUUCCUGCGGAUCGUCAUAAUAUCACAGGGCAGUUUACGCCAUCUGUUCACGGGUUCAAAGGCCCUCUGGCCGUCAGCCUUCCUGGCUUCGAAACACCCAUUGAUUCGAAGGUAGUCACUGCUACGCAGCAACUCGGUGGAGGCUUUUCGUAUGUGGAGGAUUACAAUAACGGAAAACCUCUCGGUGUUGGUUUCCUGCAAGUAACAGUGGACGAAAAUGGGAGACGAGCGAGCUCUGCCACAGCAUACCUUGCGCCUCGUUACCUAAAGCGACCCAACCUUCACGUUCUGGUCAACGCCCAGGUGUCCCGUCUCAUUCAAACGUCGCGUAGCAAGACACCAUCAUUCUUGACUGUCGAGUUCAGGCACCGAUCUCGCAAACGCCUCACCCAACUCACAGCGAAGAAGGAAGUCAUUCUUUCGGCAGGAGCCAUCGGCUCUCCUCAUAUUUUGCUUAACUCGGGUAUCGGCGACGCCAAGGCGCUCAACGCCCUCGGAAUCAAGCCUCUCGUUGACCUCCCAGAUGUUGGACAAAAUCUUGCCGACCACUCAGCCAUCGCGAAUCCGUUUGUUGCUUUAGGAAACGACACCUUCGAGCGCAUUCGACAGCCCAACGUGACAGCCCAACUCUUAAAGGAGUGGAAGAAGUCCGGUACCGGCCCACUCGUGAACACAGUUGCGUCCUUGGUCGGAUUUCAUCGUGUCGAAGGCGCCGACAUACCAAAUCCGGACCCUGCACCUGGACCGGAGACGCCACAUUUCGAGCACCUCUUCGCGAACGGCCUCAUUGUACCGAAUGCUUUCGUUCCACCUGGCCAACCCAUCUUCAGCGUUGCGACGGCGAUCGUGUCGCCAUCCUCGAUCGGUUCUCUUACAAUUAACUCCACUGACCCAUUCGCUAUGCCACUCAUUGACCUUGCUCUUCUCAAGGAGGAAUCUGAUAGACGGAUGAUGCGCGCUGCUCUUCGACACGCCUUCAAGUUCUUGACGGCACCUGUUUGGGAUGACUAUGUCCGUGGCGGUGCGGGAGAUCUGGCCGGCGCGACCACGGACGAGCAGUUAGAUGAGUAUAUCAACGCUGAGGCCGGCACUUUCUUCCAUCCUACUGGAACUGCGUUCAUGUCGCCGAAGGGUUCGAAGAAAGGCGUCCUUGAUCCUGAUCUCAGGGUAAAGAAAAUAUCGGGUCUCAGGGUGGUCGAUGCAUCCGUUUUCCCUCGCAUACCAAGUGGACACACCCAGUCAUGUGUCUAUGUCAUUGCUGAACGUGCUUCUGAUAUCAUUAAAGCUGCUUAUACAUAA